AUGAUUCGCAAUGGAAUGGGCGGCAUGGGUGGCGGUGGCAUGGGCGACAUGAGAGGCGGUGGCAUUGGCGGCAUGGGUGGCGGUGGCAUUGGCGGCAUGGGAGGCAUUAGUGGCUUCGGAGCUACCAUGGACGGCAUGGGUGCCAUGGGUGGCUUUGGAGCUACCAUGGAGACCAUGGAAGGCAUGGUUGGCUUCGGAGCUACCAUGGGAGGCAUGAGUUUUGCGUCUCUCAUGGGAGGCAUGGGAGCACCUCCGGGCGGCAUGGGCGGAAUGUCUUCCGGUGUGCCUCACACACCUUCGCAUGAUGCCAUUGAAGAUCUUGCCAACACCUUUCGAGCUUCACAUGAUGAUGCGGCGCGCGACAAUGAAGAGGAAGAGGAAGAAUCGUCUUCGGAGGAGGAUGAUGAAUCGGAGGAAGACGAAGACGAGGCUUGA